AUGUCUCCGCCUCCUACUGGACCGCCGCUGCCUUUCCCCAACCUGUUCGCUGCGAGCGCGGUUGCUGCCUGCACAGCGGAGAUUAUGACUCUGCCGCUAGACACGGCAAAAGUGCGGCUACAGCUGCAGGGGAAUGGCGCAAGCAAAUACAAGGGCCUGCUUGGCACAUGCGCAACCAUCGCGCGGGAGGAGGGCGCGGGCGCGCUGUGGAAGGGCUUGGAACCAGGCCUGCACAGGCAGGUCGUUUACGGCGGCCUGCGCAUCGGCCUGUACGAGCCGGUAAAGAACUUCUUUGUGGGCAAGGACCAUGUGGGGGACGUGCCGCUGCACUUGAAGAUCGCCGCGGGCCUCACGACGGGCGCCAUAGGCAUCACCGUGGCCAGCCCGACAGAUCUGGUCAAGGUGCGCAUGCAGUCGGAGGGCAAGCUGGCGGCAGGGGCGCCCAAGAAGUACCCCAACGCGGUCAGGGCCUACGGCAUCAUUCUGCGGGAGGAGGGCCUGCUGGGCCUGUGGAAGGGCCUGGGCCCGAACAUUGCCCGCAACGCCAUCAUCAACGCUGCUGAGCUGGCGUCGUACGACCAGAUCAAGCAGUCCAUGCUGGCCAGCGGCAUUUUUUCGGACAACAUAGUGACUCACCUGGUGGCGGGCCUGGGCGCGGGCUUCUUUGCCGUGUGCGUCGGCAGCCCAGUAGACGUGGUCAAGAGCCGCGUCAUGGGUGAGCGCCUCGCGUCGCUGCAGGAGUGGAGCCUGGGUGGCAGGGCUUGGAGCUGCAACGCUUGUCAAACGCGGUUAUGA